AUGAAAGAGCGCAAUACCAGGCUGAGAAGUGGUCAGGGCAUUUCAGAACAUCGCCUCACCACUGAUCUUUCAAUAAAGCUACAGCGAUCUCAUUCAGUAACGUAUGAAGCAAGGAGCUUCAGCGCUAGCAUGCUGCGGCGACAGAGUAACUCAGUUGGGAAUCUCAGGUCUGUUGAUUGGGUUAUGCAGAUAUCGAUAUCCCGAACUUGA